AUGUACUGUGAAACCUUUGAUGAAAAUUGUCAUGGGGUCACAUUGUCAUGUCAGACCUGUUGUCUAGCAACUCAUCAAUGUUUACCAUUACACAAAAUCAAGAAGUGGAAUGGAAAGUUCUUUGAGCAUGUCACCUUAAAGCAGCUUGGCCUCAUAGUUUGGCUCAGUCAUGAAGACAUGUUUUGCUACUGUCCAGAGCAUGGUCAUUUAGAUUUUGUCAUCAUCGAUGUCAAUGGCAUUCACCCUGUUAAUGUGAAUUUCUGUGGCUGUGAGCAGUGUGUGUCCCAUUGCCAACAGCUUCUGCAAUGUGGUUGGUAUCCUGCCACCAUCUUUUCAGCAUAUGAAUACUAUCACACACUGGAGUGUCUUACAGAUAAUACAGGUAUUAAUAUGCUAAAGAGUCAGUAUCAUCCCUUUUUGUGCAUGGUUCAUCAGUUCUGCCACAUGAAACUCCUCAAAAGAGCAGGGAGGGCAAGCAAGCAAGAUGGUAUUCAUACCACCAAACCUGGUGGGCUCACUGUGUUGUGUCCUGCAUGCCCACAACCAGGCAUGAACUUGCCUGAUGAUUGGAAAGAUGCAGAGCCCUCUAAAAAGUUUCUUUAUUUGCUCAUCAUCGCAAUAGAUGCCAACUUUCAGCUCAAGAACUGUGCAUGUGCAUCUGACCAGGAUCCAGGCCUGCAUACCAGCCUUGCCUACUUUGUUGCCAAUGGCCUUUACAAUGAGCAUGUACUUCAGUUUCCUACACAAGAAGAUAUCAGCACAUGUAACAGUUUCAGGUCUAUGGCUCACACUGAAACCAAGUUUGCAACUGGUCUUCAUACAAUGGACCAGCUCCCCAAACAUCUAUGUCUCCCCCUCACCAUCAUUGCAUUGUUGUUUGUGUUCAGAAUUCUGAAGUUCCAUGCCCCUGCCCAUUCUGCCUCAUGUGCUAUACCCCAUUCUCUCAAUCUUCUGCCUGGUGUUGGCCACACUGAUGGCAAAGGGGUAGAGCAUAACUGGUCGGAGAUCAAUUGUGUCACAAAUAGUACAAAAGAAAUGACAUCCAGUGCAAGGCAUGAUACCAUCAAUGACCACUUCAGCCAUCACAACUUCAGAAAGCUUGUUGGUCUCAGAUGUUUACUUCAUGACAGGCUCAAAGCUGCCAUUGCUGAGUGA